CCUCACAAACUCUCAGGCUGGAGGAGACGGCAGCGGCUGCUGCGCGCGCUCCUCGCCCGGGACUGGGACUGGGCUCGAGCUGUGCGCGUGCCGCUCGCUCGCUCUCCCGGAGCCCGGGCUAGCCUCGGAAAGAGCAGAAGCAGCGGCCGCUGCAGGGAGCUGCAAAGGGGGGGGCAGGAGGCGGGAGAGAAUCCGAGAAGCCGCGCGGCUGCAACCAGACUGGUCUUGGCGGGAGCGGCUGCUCCUAGCGACCGGCGGGACGGCGCGAAGCGGCCCCAGGCCAGCCGGGCCCAUCACGUGCAGCCGCUUCGGACGCGCCGAGGCGCUGCUCACAGGGGACGUGGAGAGCCCGGGUCCUCCCCUGAGGGCAGCGGCCGUUCCCAUGGUGAAAGGCAGUUAAUGGAGAAGAGGGCGAAUGACAGCCGGGACUGUGGUCAUCACAGGUGGAAUAUUAGCAACAGUUAUUUUGCUCUGCAUCAUCGCAGUCCUAUGUUACUGUAGGCUUCAGUAUUACUGUUGCAAGAAAGAUGAGUCAGAAGAGGAUGAGGAAGAGCCUGACUUUGCUGUCCAUUCUCACGUCCCACCACUCCACUCCAACCGAAACAUCGUACUGACUAAUGGGCCCUCCCUCUAUCCAUCUUCCUCCUCAUCUUUCAACCAGAAAUCCCCCCAGUGUCACGCUGUCUGCCCCAGCUGCUCCCACUAUGAACCACCAACCUUCUUCCUUCAGGAACCUGAGGAAGUUCGAAAUGGCGGGGAGCACAUCAACUAUAAAAACAUCAGCCAGGAAGACAUAGAGCUGCCAGUGACCUUUGGCGGACUCCAGGCCCUCAACCCCAACCGCCUCUCUGCCAUGCGGGAAGCCUUCUCCCGAAGCCGUAGCAUCAGCACUGAUGUCUGAGCCCCAUCCUAACCCCCUGCUCUGGCUCUGCGAAAGGAGCACUGAACCGGGAACUGAGAUCUGGGUUCUAGACGCAGCUUUGCCACCAACUCGCUAUGUGACAGCGGGCAUGUCGUGGCCUCAGUUCCUUUACCUGCAAAAAGAGGGGAUUUGACUAGAUGGUAUGUAAGGUUCCUUUCAGCUCCGUCAUUCUUUGACUUGGAAGCCUUCAGUCCAUCCUCUGGACAUUGAAAAACAGUUUGGCCCCUGGGGAAUCCACCAGGGGGUCUGACUGAGAGAGCUUCUGAGAUGAUGAAUGUAUUUUGUUAGUUCACUGAUCUAACCAGUCAUUCAGUCAAUCAGCAAACUAUUUUCUGAGCCCUUACUGUGUUUCCAGCUAUGUGUUAGGCACUGUAAAGGGCACACACACACACACACCAACACACACACACACACACACACAAGAAAACGCAUUCCCUGCCCUCCAAAAGUUGACAGUCUAGUUGGAGAGGCAGGGCACAUGACAAUAUAACUAACAGAAGCAGGCAGUCUAGUCUGAGUUUCAUACCCAAUGAGGAGUGCAAACCAUAGGAAGAUAAGAGGAGGAAAAGGUCCCCGUGAUAUGGGGCAGUCAGGCAGGAAAGGUCAUCAUUUAAGGAUGAGCCUCAGAAACAAAAGUGGUUAAAUUCCAGCUAAGAGAUGACAGUCAUAGAGAGUAGCUAUGGGGUAUGAGGAUGGGGGAGGGGAAACUGAAGCAUUAAGGUAGUUUAAGCCAUUACCUCCAUUUUAUUAGAAAUUUUGGUACCAGGCUGUCUCUGGCUCCCAGAACUGCCUGAGUGUCACCACACCGAGUGAGUGGCUUGUCUCAUAUAUCAAAUGGCUGCCUGAGGUCGGAAGGUCUUGGUACUGGCAGUUAGAAAUGUAUAGCCUCCUCCAGCCUCCGAUGGGCAUGAGGCAUUCCUUUUAUCAUUAUCUCCCCAUCUUCUUGGAACCCUAGCUCUCUUUGGAUCCAAAGUAGUUUCUGGCCUUGUAUGACAGCAUCGGUGGAAAGGGAGCAGGAUGCAGGAGGAAGGAGAGAAUAAGCAUAAGGAUAUUAAAAUACCACCUAAUUUGUAAUCGAUAAUAAUGACAAGUAUGACUCUUGUCUUGCCCCUACAUACAGAGACACACACAAAAAUAAAAUAGUGCUUUAAAAAAAAGUGACUCAAAUUUGCCCAAAGACUUCCUAAGUCAUGCAUGCACACACACACACACACACACACACACACACAUAUACACACACCCAGGUUUCCUUGGGAAAAAUGAGAUGGGCUCUUGUUGGUUGACAUAGCCGCCACUCUGCCGAACAGUCUUUGGAGUUUAAGUCAUUGUCCCAGAUGCCAGAAACCAUUCUGGCCCAUUCUCCUGCCUCCCACCCACCUUCCACAUUGAACACUGAUCUGCAGGCGUAAACAACAGGAUCUACUCCAAAUUGUCUCUCAACAGAUCCCAAUUCCAACAAUUUCCUCCCCAAGUAUUUUUAACCUCAACACACACCAACACCCAACAUCCUCCAUGUCGAGGGGAAGAAAGAAAUCUGUUUUAAUAACAUCUAAUAUACUGAUUAGAGAAAUCCCCCUAAUCCUAAUGAUGGGCCAGUCACUUAAGCUCCAGUGAAAGCAGCCAUUUGUAUAAGUCUCCAAUCAAUUUCUGUUUAGUAAAAGGCAAUAUUUACUCUUUGGUGGCAUUUUGUUAAACUAUAUUUUUUGAAAAGAUACAGGAAACUAGACUCCCUGGAAAACCUGUGUCCUCCAAGCUUCUCUCUGGAUGCCCGCAGUUCUGUCUCUGGCUCAAGCCAGUCUAUUGAGAGACAAUUUCCUUUUCCCCUUCAAGACUACGCUGCCCAGGAUUUGGGGAAGACAGUCUGCUCACAAGCAGAGAAGAAGGCACUUCUCACUGAACUCUCGAUUAAAACUUCUACUUAGAAGACAAAGGGCAAAUUUUAAACAGUUGUGGUUGGUUUAUAAAUAUUGUGUGUACUGUGACGAGAUAUUUCCCUGUCUUUCCUGGAAGGCUUUUAAUUCCACACAGAAGAGGUUUCGAAGGACAUGAAAGAUUCACCACUUUUGGUAUUCUUGAUUUUCUUUCUUCUCCUCCUUCUGCCUUGGUCUAUAGUACAGUCGAUUUGCCCAGUUAAUCCAUCCCUGAAUGGGGCAAGUAGUCAGUAAAGCUUUGGUGUGAGUAUGGGAUGUGCGAGUGGGGAUGGUGUUCUUAGUGGUCUGAUGUCAUAACAGGAGCUCAAACCAAACUCUUACUUUGUACAGUUCUUAUCUGAAGUUGGUUCUGUUGCAUUUGACUUUGGGGGGAGGGGUCGGGGGGGCAAUUUCGUGUGGCUGUUGUCUUUCUAUUUUCCUGUUUCCUUUUCCUAUCUAUACAUAACUAUAAAACAUAUAUACAUAUAUAGCUUUGAAAUGAAACGAGACAGGCAGCUUAACUUCACAGAGGUGGACUGCUGAACGGGACUGACUCAUGGGCCCACUGAGAAAAACAAAAGGAAAUAAACUUUAUCUUUGACAUUA